UGACCAUCAUGAAAACUCAAACACAUGUUCAUACAUCUCAGUAUGAAUCACCUACACAAAUUCCCAAUCUCAAACGUUACCCCCUUCUUGUUUCCCAAGAAUCGAAUCCUCGUACGUAAUCUCUCUAUAACAAAUGAACAAGAGACCGUAUUAGAUCAUCAUCGAAAACCAAGGAUUCUAUUUCUCCAUGGUUUCCGAACAAGUGGUCAUAUAUUUAAAACACAACUUAACAAAUGGCCCGAAUCGGUUCUGGACAAAAUGGACUUGUUUUUUCCCGAUGCUCCAUUUCCUUGUACUGGAAAAUCUCAAGUUGAACGCAUCUUUGAUCCACCUUAUUAUGAGUGGUAUCGGUCUAAUAAGGAUUUUACGGAAUAUGAGAAUUUCGAAGAGUGUCUUGAAUUUAUCGAAGAAUGUAUGAUUAAAUAUGCACCUAUUGAUGGUUUGGCUGGCUUCUCACAGGGUGCAAUGUUGGCAGCGGCUUUGCCAGGACUGCAAACCAAGGGAAUAGCACUGACGAGGGUGCCAAAGAUUGAAUUUUUAAUGAUAAUAUCAGGUGGAAAGUUUAAAAACAAAUCAUGGGCAGAGAAGGCAUUUUCUCUUCCUAUACAAUGUCCAUCUCUCCAUUUUAUAGGGGAUGCUGAUUUCUUGAAAUCAUAUGGGAUUGAACUCUUGAAAUCAGCUGAAGAUUAUGUUGUUAUUCGCCAUCCUAGAGGCCACACGAUUCCGAAAUUAGGUGGAGAAGGCUUGGAAACGAUGUUGAAAUUCAUUGAUAGGAUUCAAAAGAUUGUUUCCAAAAAGGAAGCCAAAUGAAAAUUUCAAAACAACUGCAUAAAAUAAUAUUUUCAGAAUUGAAUAUUGACAUAACCUUUACGGCCUGAUGUAUGGUGGUUCGUUCUGUGGGUUAAGAUUUUAUAUAUUUGUUUCAGUUUUGGGCCCAAACCAUCCACAACCUAGUAGGCCCGAAAAAACCUGGAAACUAGGGAUUUUUUUCUUGUAAAGUAAUCCAUCCAUAAUUCCAUAUGAGAACUUUCCUACUAUAAAUUUCCAUGAUAUCAACCAUCCACGUUUACCUCCGUUUCGAAUAUAUAUAAAUCUUCUACAAGUCUACAAAAAUUAUGUGAUGUAAGUUUCAAUCGUACACUCUUUAUUUAUUGAAUUUUUUCAUUGAAA